ACUUUCUUUAAUUCUUUGUUUUGUGGUUGCAAAAAGGAAGAAGUUUUUGAACUCCAAUUCACCCCCCUCUUGGAGUGCAUUGAGCCAACAAUUGGUAUCAGAGCAAGGGCUCUAAUUUGAAGGUUUAACCACCUAGGAGUUGAUCAAGGAUGGCUCAAUUUCAAGCUUCUCAACCACUUGAAGGUUUGUCUACCAUUAACCCUCCUUUCUUUGAUGGUAAUAAUUAUAAUUAUUAGAAGAAUAGGAUGAAGGUCUACAUGCUUGCAAAUGAGCCUAGGCCAUGGAUUGUGACUAUAAAAGGUCCAUAUGUUCCCAUGAAAGUUGUUGGAGAAAAUGAGGUGCCAAAAGAAGAAGUUGAAUGGAAUGAUGAAGACUUGGGGAAGAUCAUGAUCAACAACAAAGCAAUCAACAUGCUUCAAUUUGCCCUCAAUCCAACGGAAUUCCAUAGAGUUUCUAGGUGUGAUACGGCUAAGGAGAUGUGGGACAAAUUAGCAAUAACACAUGAAGGAACAAGCCAAGUGAAAGAGUCAAAAAUCAAUAGACUCAUUCACAUGUAUGAGCUUUUCAAGAUGAAACCGGAGGAGAGCAUUCAAGAUAUGUAUACAAGGUCGAAUGAUAUAGUCACAAAUCUCAAAGCUCUUGGUAAAGUUUAUCCUUCUCAAGAAGUGGUGAGAAAGGUUCUUAGAAGCUUGCCUAAGAAUUGGGAAGCCAAGAAGACCUCAAUUGAAGAGUCUAAGGAUCUCAACACCCUUAAGCUUGAUGAUCUCAUUGGAAAAUUGAUGACAUAUGAGAUGGAUAUUCAAGUUGAUGGUGGAGCUGAAGUAGUUGAGAAGAGGAAGAAUGUUGCAUUCAAGGCUAGCAACCAAAAUGAAGAGAGUGAAGAUGAUGCUAAUAAUGAUGAAACUAGCAAUGAAGAGGACAUCACCAAAUUAGUUUCAAAGGAAGUGAAGAAAUACAUGAAGAAGAGCCUCAAAGGGACAUCCUCUAGAAGAAACAAGGAAAUUCACUACUCUAAAGGAAGAAUAUGUAGUGAUGGUGAUGAUAGAGGAAAGCCAAGCAAGAAGCAUAUCAAAUGCUAUGAGUGCGAUAAGAUGGAACACUAUGAGAUGAAUGCCCCAAAUUGAAGAAAGGCAAGAAAAACAAAGCAUUUGUUGCCACAUGGAGUAAUGAUGAAUGUAGCUCAUCUGGGAAAGAAGGCUCCUUGGAAGAUGAUGUGUCCAAUCCUUGCUUUAUGGCUCAAGAAAAUAGCUUCUUUGAU